AUGGGAGAAACUGAGAAAAGAGUUCUAACCCACGGGGUCAGAUGUUUUUCCAAGAUCAAGGUGUUUCUGUUGGCAUUAACAGGCGCAUAUGUAUCCAAAUCACUAACAGGAAGUUACAUGACUUCCAUGCUUCUACAAAUAGAGAGGCAGUUUGGUCUCCCCACAUCAGUAGUUGGGCUUAUUAAUGGGAGCUUUAAUAUAGGAAACCUUAUGUUGAUUAUACCCGUGAGUUAUUUUGGAACAAAACUGCACAGACCUAUCAUGAUUGGUGUCGGUUGUAUGUUUAUGGGCAUCGGGUGUUUUAUAAUCUCGCUACCUCAUUUUCUCAUGGGCAGAUAUGAUUAUGAAACAACAAUUUCACCUACAAGCAACUUGUCAUCAAACAGCUUCUUGUGUGUGGAAAACAGAUCCUUGACUUUAAAGCCAAUGCAAGACCCAGCAGAGUGUGUGGAAGAAAUUAAAUCACUAAUGUGGAUAUAUGUACUGGUAGGGAAUAUUAUUCGUGGAAUUGGUGAAACUCCCAUCAUGCCCUUGGGUAUUUCUUACAUAGAAGAUUUUGCCAAAUCUGAAAACUCUCCUUUAUACAUUGGGAUUUUAAAAACAGGAAUGACCAUUGCUACUAUCAUCGGAAUUAUCUUGGGAUCUUUCUGUACAAACACUUAUGUAGAUAUUGAGUCUGUGAAUACAGAUGUCUUGACCAUAAGUCCCAAUGAUACACGCUGGGUUGGUGCUUGGUGGAUUGGUUAUUUGGUCUGUGCAGCAGCGAAUAUCCUGACCAGCAUUCCCUUUUUCUUCUUUCCAAAAACACUCCCAAAGGAAGGAUUUCAGGAUAAUGUGGAUGGGACUGAAAAUGCCAAAGGAGAGAAGCACAGAGAAAAGGCUAAGGAGGAAAACCAAGGAAUCACUAAAGAUUUCUUUUCGUUAAUGAAGAGCCUCUCCUGCAAUCAAAUUUACAUGCUUUUUCUCCUUAUAAGUGUGCUUCAGCUCAGUGCAUUUUUCAAUAUGACAAAUUUAGGGCCCAAGUACCUGGAACAACAAUAUGGAAAAUCAUCUGCAGAUGCAAUUUUCCUCAUGGGUCUUCAUAUGUUACCUUCAAUAUGCCUUGGAUAUUUAAUUGGUGGUUUGAUUAUGAAGAAGUUCAAGAUUACUGUUAAAUAUGCUACAUACAUGGCAUUCUGGCUAUCCCUGUCACAGUACCUUCUGUUUUUAUUUAACUAUGUGAUAACCUGUGAUAAUUUCCCAGUUGCUGGCUUAACUACCUCUUAUGAAGGAGUUCAGUACCCUCAAUACUGGGAAAAUAAUGUCCUUGAUGGCUGCAAUACGAGGUGUAACUGUUUAACAAACACAUGGGAUCCAGUGUGUGGAGACAAUGGCCUAGCAUACAUGUCAGCCUGCCUUGCAGGCUGUGAGAAGUCUGUUGGAACUGGAGUUAACAUGGUGUUUCAGAAUUGCAGGUGCAUUCAAUCAUCAGUAAACUCAUCUGCUGUCCUUGGGCUGUGUAACAAAGGCCCUGACUGUGAUAACAUGCUGAAGUACUUUUUGAUCAUGUUUGCAGUCGAAGCUUUCGUGUUCUCAUUAUCAUCCAUACCUGGGUACAUGGUUCUUCUGAGGUGUAUCAAAUCUGAAGAGAAGUCACUUGGAGUUGGAUUACAUGCAUUUUGCAUUAGAAUAUUUGCUGGCAUUCCUUCACCUAUUUACUUUGGUGCUUUGCUAGACAGAACCUGUUUACAUUGGGGAGCUCUGAAAUGUGGUGAAAAAGCUGCAUGCAGGAUGUAUGAUAUAAAUAGUCUCAGGCACCUUUACCUUGGAUUGUGUGCUGUGCUAAGAGGAUCAAGCUUUCUCCCUGCCUUCUUCAUUUUAAAACUUAUGAGGAAAUUCCAAAUCCCUGAGGAUAUGGACUGUUCAGAAACUGAGCUUGCAGAGAUGAAGCUCAUAGACAAAGAAAGCGAAUGCACAGAUGUGCACAAAGGUCCUAAAGUCAAGAGUGAUGACGAACUGAAAACUCAGCUGUAA